AUGUCGACAAAUGAUAUCCAAUUAUCCUCUUUGAGAAAAGAGUUGAAAGACUGGGAACAUAAUUUUAUUAAUAUUCAACAUCGAUCACCAACCAAGAAAGAUAUCAAUGCAAAUCCAUCGAUACAAUACAAAUAUAAACAAUAUUCGAAAUUGAAGAGAAAUCAAUCCAAAAAAUCUAGUUCAAAUGUUACUAAGAUGCAAAAUCAUACACAGAGAAGCCAUGAAAUAAGGAGUCCCAUAGUGAAACAUGAUGAAAAAAGUACAAUUAUUGAAAUUGGACCGACGCCCCAGAUAUUUGGGAAAUCUAUAAGCAUAUUUGAAUUAAAUUUAUCACCUGUGAAGAGAAGGUUACAAAUACCUAACAAAACUAAUAAACUUCUCGAAGAUGAUAACCUCUAUAAUGAAUCCACCACUAAGAUCGAUAAUGACAUAUUUGGAAUGGAUUUUAACAAUUCGCCAUUUGUUGAUGAACCAGUAGACAUUCAACCUAGUAGUGAUACAAUUAUUGAUACUACCACAACUUCUAUGGAACCAGAAAUGGGUAAAUUAAUGGUACCCAUAUUGAAAAAUUAUGGACCUAAUUCUCCGUUAAAGUUACCAUCCGAUCUAAGUGUUCAAAUACAGUCUCAUACACCAAGUAUAAAAAGAAGAAUACGUUCUAUGCAAGAUAAUGAUUCGUUGAAAUAUACACCACCAUCACUAUGGAAAAGAAAUAUUUCUAAAUCAUUAAAAGAUCUUGAAGAUGAAUUCAUUGAGGCAUCAAAGACGUUUGUCCCAAUGCAUACACAUAAUUCAGAACAACAGAAUGAUAAUGAUAUAAAUGGUAUAGAAGGUUCUUCAACAAACAGUAAGAAUAAUGACUAUAACAAUGAUGAUAAGGACAUAAUACCUAAAGGAAAAAGAAGGAAAUUCCGUAUUAGAAGAUUUGACGAUAGAUUUAUGAAGACUGAUAAUUCUACUACACUUAAGAUCAAUUUACAUAAAAAGAUGCAUAAAUUAAAGAAAAAACAAUUACGAAAGAUAAUGAAGGAUUUAAAUAUAGAAGAUCAAACAAUUCUCAGUGAAAGUGAAGAUGACAGUAGUGAAGACGAAGAUGAAAAUAACGUUAUUACUUCUCAAAAGAAGAAAUCAUCACGUAAGAAGAAAUAUAAUUUAGUCAGUAACAAUUUCAGAAGAUUGAAAUUACCAUCAAAGAAACGUAAUAAUUUCACCAAGCGGUUCCAUAGACGCUAG